GCCGCCUUUGGGGUGUCCCUCCUCUCCUUCAGUGCCUUACUGUCUUCUGGCCCUGGACGAUUACUCGUUUAGAGUCCACGAUGUCAGCUCUUCCUGUCCUCCUCCUCAUCUUCCUGGACAACUGGUCAUUUCGAGCGUUGUCAGCUCCUCGACCCGGACGAGCGCUCAACAGAGCCUCGUCAGUUCCUCACUUUCCCUCUCGCCCGACGAGCGUUCAACAGAACAUCGUCUGUUUCUUCCUCCUUCACCUUUACCCGACGAGCGCUCAAAAGAGCAUCGUCCUCUUCUCGACCUGGACGAGCGUACAAACAGGUCAUUGUCAGUUUCUUCACCUUCACCGUAGCCUGACGGGCGCUCAACAGAGCAUCGUCCGAUUAUCCUACUCGACCCUCGCCGGGCGAUUGCUUGUUAGAGCGUCGUCAUCCGUUAUGAUGAAGCAGAAUGCUAAGGCUCCUUAGGCACCCGCCAUGCCAGUCAUAUUGCCAUUGAAAAAACAUUCUUCAGACAACUCCUAUACUUUACUUUGCUUUAAUUUGGUGACACUGGUCCUAUUUCUAGCCAUACGCUAAAACAAUGUUUAUUUGACUACAUCACUACAACUUCCGACGCGGCAUCAAACUAGAGCAAUCGAGGGGGCAAGGGUAGGGAAGGACCUUCAAGUUCCGAGCAUAUUUUUCA